CUGACCGUGAAGGAGAUGCAACUGUUUACCAUAAAAAGACUUCCAUUACUCCUUCCGUCUCCUCCUAGGAAAGCAUCUUCCCCCUCUCUCUCCCCCUCUUUCUCUCUCUCGUGUUCUCGACAGAUGAACUAGAGCAUCUGCUCUGGUGGAUUCUCGAUCCGAGAGAGAGAGAAAAAAAGAAAGAGAGAUCAUGGUGAGGGAGAAGAUACAGAUACGGAAGAUCGAUAACACGGCGGCGCGGCAGGUGACGUUCUCCAAGCGGCGGCGGGGGCUGUUCAAGAAGGCGGCGGAACUGUCGGUGCUCUGCGAUGCUGACGUGGCGCUCAUCGUCUUCUCCUCCACCGGCAAGCUCUUCGAGUUCUGCAGCUCCAGCAUGAAGCAGAUCCUUGAGAAGCAUAGCACACACUCGAAGAACCUUGAUAAGCAAGACCAACUCUCCCUCGACUUAAACUUGGACAAUAAGUAUGCAAAUCUGAAUAAACAAGUUACAGAAGCAAGCCUCCAACUAAGGCAGAUGAGAGGGGAGGCACUUGAAAGUCUAAGUGUCGAAGAGCUACAGCAGUUAGAGAAAAAACUUGAAGCCGGAUUAAGUCGAGUGUUAGAAAGAAAGGAUGCAAACUUCAUGGAGCAAAUUAAUAGUCUUCAGGAGAAGGCGCUACGACUGGCAGAAGAAAACUUGAGGCUUAGCCAAAAUGUUUCGGGCAUGACAAACACGGGGAAGGAGCAGGCGAUGAUAGAUAGAGAGAAUGUUGUUAAUGAAGAUGGGCAGACCUCUGAAUCUGUGACUAAUGCUUCUUCGCACUCCGGAGGUCCCCCAGAAUGCGAUGAUAGUUCAGACACAUCGCUCAAGCUCGGGCUGCCUUACUGCUAGUCGGAAGGAAUAUUACGAGAAGCUGUUGAUGGAAGAGAAGGAUCUACCUGCUUUGGAUAGCAGCAAAUGUAGCUGUGAGUCGGUAGCAUAUAAAAGUUGUACAAAUAAUGCAGGUGUGUUAGGAAUAAGGAUUGCAGUGAUGCAUGCCACUCAUGCUCAUGUUCCUCUGGACUCUUGAACUGAUGUGUGUCGUCAUGGUGUGUCUCACCACCACAUUAGUAUGUUUAUCAAUCUGCUUGUAUUGCAUGAAGGAGAUGAUCAAACUUAGAAUCAUUUAGAAAAAUGCAUGUACUUUGCAUAAUUACGAUACAGAUAAUGUAUAACUCAUCACUGCCUUCAUGUUAAGAAAUUCUUUGUGAUUGA